UCUACGAGUGUCUGUCUAGUUUCUGGGUUUCUCUCUCUGGCCUGGUUCUCUCCGGAUUUAGGGUUUUUUUUGCUGCUGCUCCUCGUCGGUAACUCUCCAUCUUUCUUCGCCUGCAUCAAGGUGCUCAGAAAUUUUUCUGGAUCUGUUAUUCAAUGGGGGAACCAGAAAGUGUUCAGCAAUCCAAAAAGAGAGCUGCUGUGAAGGAGCUGUCUCGUGACGAUCCUGGUCUUGAUGAUGAGGAAGAUUCUUCCGAGCUUGAGAGUGGAACUUUCAAAAGGGCCAGUGAUGAGGUAUUAGCAAGCAGAAGAAUCGUCAGAGUUAAGCGCAAAGAGGCCUCAGCUACAACGUCAUCAUCCAAUCCGUUUGCUGGAAUCCGCUUGGUUCAUCCUACUGGAACUGUUGAGGAAACAAAUUCAUCACUGGCUGAAUCAAAAUUAACUUCAGCUGAAACUGUAACCGAGGGAGAAAAACCAGCACCAGAUGAUCAAAGAACUGAUGCUACCAAGGAAACAACUGAUGUUAUCAAAGAAAACAAUAGUGAAGCAAUUAGCACUGGAAAGGAUGCUGAAGAUGAAAGUAGUAAGGCAAAUAAUCAGGAAACUGCAGAAUCAAAGGCUGAAGAUGCAGUUGGGAAAGAGACAGAGAAGGCUAAAGAGGAGGCAGACAAUCGUAACACAGUUAAGGAGACUGACCAAACUGGUGAUCGUACCGAAAAGGGAUCAGCUGGUGAUCAGACCGAGAACGAAGGAAAGGAAAACAACGAAAGUGAAAACGUGGAGAAGAAUGGAGAUGGUGGUGCUUUGAGCUCAUUUCAACAGCAUUCAAGUACCAAAAAUGCUUUCACUGGACUUGCUGGUACUGGUUUCUCUAGUUCUUCAUUCUCAUUCAGUUCGGUUUCUCAGGAGGGUUCUACUGGUUCUGGGUCGCUCUUUGGACAGAAGGCUGACCAGACCUCUUUUAGUUUUGGUCUCUCAAACAAUGGUAACUCUUCCUUGUUUGGUGGCUCUGGUACUUCCAUUAUAACGAAGAGCGAGGGUAGUGCUUUCCCGUCAAAGGAAGAGGUUUCAGUGGAGACAGGGGAAGAGAAUGAGAGAGUGGAAUUCUCAGCCGAUUCUGUACUGUUUGAGUUUUUCGAUGGAGCAUGGAAGGAACGUGGGAAGGGAGAAAUCAAGGUAAACGUUUCCACCAACGGUACCGGAAAAGCUAGAUUACUUAUGAGAGCAAGGGGCAACUAUAGAUUGAUCCUGAAUGCGGGUCUCUUCCCGGAGAUGAAACUCACAAACAUGGACAAGAAAGGAAUCACAUUUGCAUGUGUGAAUAGUAUCGGCGAAGGCAAAGACGGUCUCUCCACCUUUGCUUUGAAAUUUAAGGACCCGACAUUCGUGGAAGUGUUCCGAGCUGCUGUCAUGAAGCAUAAAGAUGGUAAACAAGUAGAGGCAGCUCCUCUGAAAACGCCUGAGAACUCUCCUUAGGGGGGAAAAAGAAAGAAAGGUAAACACAACACUGAAUCAUCACUUUCCUUUGUCUUUCCUGUUGUUUCUAAGUUAAAUUUUGUGCGGUUGAGGCAGAAGGAAAGAAUAGUAGAUGGUGGAGAAGUAUCUCUUCUCUUUGGCUGUUAUUUGCGGGAUCUUUGUUUGGAACAUGCUUUUUGUUUUAAUCUAUCAAAGACAUAAAUGAGAGAACAUUCAUUCAACAUUAUGAGUUGGUGUUUAAAUGUUCAAUAACAUGGCAUUGGCAGUCUUUCCUUGCA